AUGGAGUCGCCCUCGGCCGACCAGUGCGCGAAGAAGAGACUCGUUCUGGCGGAGCUGCUGGCGGCCCGCACCAAAGACACCGUCGCAGAUGUCUCACGUGCCAUCCGCACGACAUUCUUCAACGGCGCGGCGCUCAACAUGGGCGGCGUGUUCCUCACCAGUGCCGCGGCAGCGCGGCGUGGAAACUUGACGGAGACAAUGCUCUUCCACGACGGCGUCACAAAAGUGGCAUCAGUGGGUACGAAUGAUGAAGAAGGGGGAGGCCGGUGGGUGCGUGGAGUGCUCAUUGCCUCAGGCACGCUUUCGCCGCCGCCGGACUCGAUAUUCCUUAGCCGGAAAUUGAACGGACGGACGCUCUUCGCCCGCAUGUCGCCGCUGCUGCUGCGAGUUGUGGGCGUGCCGCUCGCCACAUUCAUCCCGCAGCCUGACAGAAGCAAUAGCAAAAAUAGCGAUGCAAGUGCCGCGUCGCUGCAGGAGUACAGGUAUCGCAUGCAGCAGUGUGAGCACCGCUUCCUGCAGGACGUGGAGGCGUGUCUAAUGUGGCUGCUGCAUUGCCGGCAGCGGGAGAAGGCGGCGCGGGCCUGCAUGGGGAAGCGCAGCGACGCAAUAUCGCACACGCGCAGACGCCGCAGCAGUCCGUUGUCCGUGUCGCCCGCGCUUCCUCUCGCCCCUUACUUUAGCGAGGAGCCAGCGACCCUCUCGGUGCCAGUCUACUAUCUGCCGCUGCAGAUUGAGGACAACGCCACAUCACGCCUCGCCGACGUUGUUGACGUCGCCACUGGCUUCAUGGACCUGCUGGUGGAUGCUGAGGCCUCCAUUGCGCAGACGACGACAGCGUUCCUGGUGGACAUCGUGCGGCUCUCGCAGGAGUUGCAGAGUGGCGACGAACAGCACGCGCAGGCUUUCGACGAGGGCCUCUACGAUCUCCACCGCCGGGCUGCGGCGCUGCUGGAUGCGGCGCACAGCCCUCAUUGUUCGGCGACGGGGGGCAGUGUAGUUGCGGCGGCGACUGUGUUUGAUGCGAACGACGAGAAUGACGUACCCCUCGCGGAAAUGGUGUUGGAUGACUCGCCGAGAGUCUUGCGGACCCCGCCGCCAGCCAUUCCCGUUGAUGGUGGUGGUGGUGAUGAUGAUGAUGAUGACGACGCGAGUCGCUGCUCUACCAGUAGUGCUGCUGGCUGCAGUGGCAAUCAAAACCACGAAAAGAAGUCACCGACAGAAGACAGGAACCGUGGCGGCGGCAGCGCGCGUCCUCUGCCAGGUGUUCUCGUGCACUGCAUGAAGGGGGUGUCAAGGAGCCCAAGUAUCAUCAUGGCGUACUACCUGCAAAAGUGCCGUGUUGACUUUUACGCGCUCUCCCGUGUCCCUCGGCGUCACACAAGAGAGGCAGCGCCAGUAGUAGUAGCUUCAUCAGCAGGGGACGGAACGGCAGCGUCGGUUGUAAUGGGCGUGGGGGCGCCUGGCGUUUCUGGUGAUAAUGAAGAGAUGUACACCUCUUUCUUCCUCCAACUGCUGCAGUGUAUGCGGGAGGCACGACCCGUCGUGAAUCCGCAAGUCUGCUUCCUUGUCGAACUGCGAUCGAUGUGGUCUCGGCUCGCACAGGGCGUUGCCGAGGAAGAAGCAGAGAGACUCCUAUGA